AUGACUAGAAAGAAGGUGAAACUUACCUAUAUCACUAAUGAUAGUGCUCGAAAAGCAACAUUCAAGAAAAGGAAGAAGGGUCUUAUGAAGAAGGUGAGUGAACUGACCACCCUCUGUGAUAUUGAUGCUUGUGCUAUUAUCUACAGCCCCUAUGACUCCCAGCCUGAAGUCUGGCCUUCCCCCUUGGGAGUCCAUCGCGUGCUUGCACAGUUCAAGACCAUGCCUGAAAUGGAGCAAAGCAAGAAGAUGGUGAAUCAGGAGACUUUCCUAAGGCAAAGAAUCAACAAGGCUCAGGAGCAACUCAAGAAGCACAAGAAAGACAAUCGGGAGAAGGAGAUGGCUCGUGUUAUGUUCCAAAGCCUAACCGGAAAGACCCUCCAAGGCUUGACAAUGUCAGACCUGACUGACCUUAACUGGGUCAUUGACCAGCACAUGAAAGAGAUACAACUCAGGAUGAAGAACAUUAAGGAGGGCUCUGUGAAGAGCCAGAACCAGGUGCAAGGAUCACAGGGGGUGCCAGCUGCAGUGGAUCAUAAAAAUACAACGAUGAAGAGUAACGGUGAGGGAAGCAGCAACAACAUGGCGAUGAAGAGUGGCGAAGAGGGCAGCAACAUGGAACAUCGAAUCCUAGACAGGCAAGCUUUUGAUCACAUACAGAACAUGGAGGCAAUGCAGCUCCAUAUGUUGCAGAUGGCUGCUCAGAAGCAGCACAACUCGUGGUUCGUGGACAUGAUGAAUGCACCACCACCACCACCUCAUCCAGAUCAUCAUCAGCAAAUGGGGUUCACCGGGGAGGAAAUGAUGCUUCCCUUUGCGGAUCAUAACAACAAUACCAUGUGGCCAAAUCCUCCAGCUGACGGCUUUAAUUUUCCUUAG